CAGAUAGAGACAGCUGGAGGUGUGCUUUUAAAGCUCAAUCAGGCUGGAAUGUGGCUAAGGCUGGGCCUUUUUAAACUUUCCUAAGAACCUUUCCCUAUUUCUAUGGAAUUUUUUUGGCUUGCCCACUGAACCCUGAAGCAACUUUCCAGAUAUUAGCCAACUGACUUUACUUGCUUAGUUGUUCUCCCCAAGUCUCCACCUCUCCUGCAAUCAGGUGCACACAAAAAAAGAAACAGACACUAGCAACCCCAAGCCUUCGGUGUUGUGACUCGUCACAAUAGCAGCCAACAGCGUACAUCGCUCAAGCAGCUUUCUGCCUAGAAGUGAAAGUAACAGAGGAGUGAUUAGAAAGAGAGAGUGAAUAAGAGAGUCCAAAGUUAGACAGCUGCCGUGUUGUCCGAAGCACAUGGUAAUUCAGCAGAGGAGAUCAAAGGAUGUGAUGUCACUUCAUAGAGAACAGAGAAACAGGUCAGGCGAGCCCAGGUAACUCGGGAAGGCAGGUUGCUAAUUAUUCCCAGAAGAAAGUAAGGUGUACGGUUACAUUGCUACAGUAGGAAGUCAGGAGGUCAAACUUUCCCAGUCACCGACUCAGCUGGGCACUGCCUGGUUUCUCGGCAAAGAUCCUGCUGUUUUCUUCCCCACACCCCACAAUCUUUAGAACAUGGGAGAGAAGGAAAAGAGCUUCGCAAAUCCCCCCUUGCAAGGUAAAAAGAUGGCGUACCACAAAGUCGGCGCAGACCAGAGGGCACAAUAUCUAGAUAGUGAUGACCUCCAAGCCACUUCCCUGGAGCUAGAAUGGGAUAUGGAGAAAGAACUGGAGGAGCCCGGCUUUGACCAUUUCCGGCUGGAUGGGACAAUCCAUCAACAAGUGGGAAUUACUCAAAACACGGACCCGGACCUGGACCUGGAGCCCAUCCAGCCAUCGGCAUCUCCCAAAGGGAGGUUCCAGAGGCUUCAGGAAGAUCCAGAUUACGUCUCCCAUUAUACAAGGCCUCCACCAAAGAGCAACCGCUACAGCUUUUGCUGGAUAUUUAAGCUAUUUUGCACUGCUUUGAGUCUAUUUAUUUUGGGGGUUUUGAUAGGCUACUAUGGACACGUACGGUGCCCUCCUUCCCCACCACCACCUCCAAAACCAAGUGAUCCUCACCUCAGCCAGGAGAUUCUGAAAGAAAUCCAAGCGAAGGAUGUUGCACAGAUUUACAGAGAUUUGAUACAGCUGCGUGGGAAAGAAGAUAGAGAUAUUGCAAUGAAGCUGCUGGCUCAGUGGACAUCCUAUGGCCUUGAAGAUGUCCAGCUCGUAAAUUACUCUGUCCUCCUUGACCUGCCGGGCGCUUCUCCAAAUACAGUGACUCUGAACAGCACUGGUGAAUGCUUUUAUCCUAAUGGACAGCUGUGUAGCAAAGAGACCAAAAAGCUUCACAGUCAAGACCUUCUCUACUCCUAUGCUGCUUACUCUGCCAAAGGAACUCUCACGGCUGAAGUCUUUGAUGUGCAGUACGGGACUGCAGAAGAUUUGCUCAGGAUCCAAAAGACUGCAAAUGUCUCCAGGAAAAUUGCGCUUCUGAAGCUAGGACGUUUGCCUUUGCUGUAUAAGCUUUCUCUGCUGGAAGAGGCAGGUUUUGGAGGUGCCCUUCUUUAUGCCGAUCCUUGCGAUUUACCGAAGACUCAGAACCUGAGCGAGAAAGCAUUUAUGGUGUCCUUGAACGGUGGAGGCGAUCCUUCUACACCAGGGUACCCAAGUAUUGAUGGAAGCUAUAAACAGAACCGAUCGAACCUCACUUCUCUAUUAGUCCAGCCUAUUUGUGCGGCAUUGGCGAGGAAGCUGUUCCCUUCCUCCGAGAAGGCUGGUGGAAAUGAAGAUUGCGAACCCCUGGAAUUGCUGGCUACAGAAAGAAGAACUGUGACACUGAGAGUUCAAACACAACCAACGUACAAAACAAUGUCCAACGUCAUUGCAUACUUAAAAGGAGCCACAAUUCCUGAUAGAUAUGUAAUAGUUGGCAGCCACCACAGCACUUUAGGUGCCUACAGUAGGCAGCAGUGGGCUCAUGGAACUGCCGUGAUGACUGCAUUCAUCCAAGCCUUGAUGAGGAAAGUGAAGAAAGGAUGGAUACCUGACCGGACCAUCAUUUUCUGCUCAUGGGGAGAAACUGUGUUUGGCAAGAUUGGCUCCUAUGAGUGGGCAGAGGAUCUCAAGGAAGUUCUCCUGAGGAACGCUGUGGCGUAUGUGAGUCUCCACGAUCCGGUAAGGGGCAAAGCAGUUUUGCAUACCAUCGCAUCUCCUUGUCUUCAGCAACUGUCAACUGAGGUUAGAAAGAGGCACAACUUCACCUGUCUUGGGCAAGACAAAUGUGCAGAAUCUAAUGUCAGUUCCGUGCAAAUGCAAGGCGAUUCUGAUUAUUUCAUCAACCAUCUGGGGGUCCCGGCUCUGCAAUUUUCAUACCAAGAUUCGACAGCAUUAGAGACAGCAAGUUUUCUCUCUGAAGCCCUUUUCCCUCUACAUUCAACAAUAUCCAAUGAACUGGUGUCUUCCUUCAGCCUGCAUGAAUCCAUCGCAAAGCUGACAGGCGAAGUAAUUUUGCAAAUUGCCAACAACCCAGUACUGCCCUUUAAUGCCCUGGAUAUUGCAUUAGAAGUUCAGAAGAGCUUUAGAGAUGAACAUCUAAAUCUUGACCGCUUGCUGACAAUAGCCAACGCCCUGAGGGACAGUGCCCAGUUGUUCCAGUCGGAUGAGAUGCGUCCAGCGAACGACCCGAAGGAGAGAGCUCCCACCCGAGUGAGAAUGCUGAACGACGUCUUGCAAAGCCUUGAAAGAAACUUCUUAGUUCCACAGGCCCCUCCGGGAUUUUACAGAAACAUCCUUUACAGGCUGGAUGAAAGGACACACCAAUUUUCAGUACUGCUAGAGGCAGUGGAACACUGCAAGCUACAUCAGUCAAAUGAGACUCUUCAAGCAGCAUUGUCGAAAGUGCUCAGCAGCCUCAAUUCAGCUCAGGUUUCUUUCAAAGCAGGACUUGAUGUCUUUCAGGCUGCCUUACUGGGAAGCAAAUGAAGAUUCUGUCUUUUUCACAUGUACACACACACACACACACACACACACACACACACACAGAGGAAGAGCUUUGUUUACAUUUUGCAAAGGAAAACUCUGAGCUGGACCAGAAAUUGUAUGUGGUUGAAACCUUUCCUUUCUUUUGUUUUUUGACUCUUUAAAAGAGUCCGUUUCACGGCACCAUUUUGUACAGUUAGAUAAAUCUGAAGCAGCCUUUUGCACUGUUGACAAUUUAUCAUGUACUUCAAUUUCCGAAUGAUAUAUGGAGGAAAGCUAACUCUUUGGAAUGUGUUGGUACACACAAAAUCAGCCUUGUAAAUGAGCCCACGAAAGCCAGUAGGCUGCAAAGCAAAGGACUAGCUUGCUGUGACUGUCAGGAGAGGACAAAGGGCUGUGUACUCCUUGCAGAAGCCCUCUCGUUCACCUUCAUGGAAGUCCAUGUACUCACUAGGUGGGUGCUUAGAUAUAAGGUGGAAUAUCUCUGAAAAUUUCAUCUGCUUUAUUGAAAAGAUGGGGGUGGAGAUUAAGACUCAAUUUCAUCAUAAAUGGGGGGGAAUAGAUCUUCGGAUUUAGAAGAUCAGAUUUGGACUCAAAUAACAAAUUGAAUCGGGGUGAAACAGAACGGAUCUGAAACAUAUUGGGCAGCUUCCAAAUACUAAAGAUACAAAGCAAAUCUUGUUUCUACAAGAUAUCCCGUGUGUGUGGAUACACACACAUACAGCCUUGUAUUAAAGCCCUUGCCUAUACUCCCGGGUAUAGGGCGGUAUAAUAAUAAUAAUAAUAAUAAUAAUAAUAAUAAUAAUAAUAAUAAUAAUAAUAAUAGCAUUGAUUUCUGUGAAGGCAAUGAGUGGGCUGGUGCAGGAGAGAUGAAGCUGACAACCAGUGCAUGUCUUUAGUGGGCUGAAUUUACAUGCAUCCAUAGUCUUUCACUUUCUCAGUUGAACUGCGGCCCGCCCUCCAUUCUGUAUCACAAACUUCUGGUGAAAUUAUCUGUUUCAACAGUGGUUUGCCAAGUAGCAUUAGGGACUGCUGUUCAAUGAAAAGAGUCAACAGCAGAGCAAGUUGACACAGAAUUAGUAGAUCUUGGUCAUGAAACCUUACAGAGUGAUGAGGGCACUUUGCAAGGGCCACUAUGCUGAUUACAGGCACCUGUAUGCAUAUUGUAAAACUUCCAUCAUAAAUAUCUUCAGGUUUCACUGAUUAACCCCUUAUUUAUAAACACACUUUACCCUUAACUAGCAGCAAGCCAGGUCUGGCUGUCGAAUUACACCAGCAAUACUGAACAAUCCCUUCUUUGUAUUCUCAGACCAUUCUCAAGCUGCUUACGUUUUAUAGACAUUUAGCAUUAAGAAUUAAGCUUUCCUCACCUUGAGGUGGCUAGUGAGUCAAUCGUGUCUCCUGUGGAUGACAAGGUUAGUCAGAGUCAUAAAACAGUGUUGCUAGUAUUGUUCUCCGAUAAGAAAGAGAUGUUUAUGGACUAUAGCUGUCACUGUCUUAUCUUCAUGCUUAUGCACCAUGGCUGUGCUGCCCAGGAGACAUAACGCUGGCAAUAUUGGAUGUGGUUACAUUUCUCAUUCUUAAUCUCUGGCUACAACCAAGAUGGCAACAUACAUACGGCAUUGUGAGGUAUAUCCCGGUGUUUGCUUGAACUGCCAAGUUCAAGAGAUGUGCAUGCAAGCCCAAGCCCAACAUAAUUGUGUGUACCCACCCCCAACCUAGUCACUGUCAUUUCCUGUCCUGCCACAGGGAAAUUCUUGCUUGAGUAUGAGUACCGCUCACCACGUGAUUGGAGGCCCUGAAAAUGCACAAUAACCAACUGGACUGAGAAUUCUAUCUAGGUUUGAGUGAACACAAGUAGGAAUCCCAUGCAGACCUUCCCUUUGCAGAUCAGGCAUGCUCUGUGCAAGGGCAUUGAAGGUGGAGUUUGCACGCAUGCCACAGCCCCACCCCUGGCAGAGUUUCAUACUCAUGCUCAGGCAAACACCUGAACACACCUAUGGCUACUGUCGUAUCACAUACAACUGGGGAUGCAAAGUACUGCUGUUGUAUAUAGCAGAAAUUCACCCCCUGAAUUGUUGGCUGGCCUCUCAAUAUGAGUCAAGUGUUAGGCAAGAUAUUCCCAGUGGAAUCAAAACUGGCACCAGCAGAGUCGGACUAUCAGGGGGAAUGCAACUGAAAAUGGCAAAUCCACAGUGAGUGCCAUGGGUAUCCUGAAUUCAGUUUCCUAACAGGGAGAGAUUUCUGCUUUCCUGUCAAGAACCAGUACAUAUUCAGAAACCAAUGGCUUUGAGUUUCAUUGUAUUACAAGUAUGGCCAUACUGCACUAAGAGUUCACCAUUCAGCAGCUUGAAGGUGGGCUGCAAUAUUUGUAGACAUUAUUUGCUCAUAUAGAUGUAGAUCAAUUUACUCAGGGACCUGAGACUUUCACUGUGAGCUCACCUUGCUUCAUGGGUGAGCCAGCCCUGAAUAAAGAGUGACGUCAGGAUUUGCUGCCCCUUUGGAUCCUGCCAUCUGAGGCGGUCACCUCACAUUGCCUUGUGAGUGGGCUGGCCCUGAUGUGAGGUCUUGUCUAAUAUGUGAUUCUCAGUGAGAACUUAAAUAUGCUCCUCUUGUAUCCCUGUUAGGUUUGUUGACACACAUACACCCUUUUCAAAUGCUGUCCAUGGCUCUAGCAUUUAUUAUUUGGAAAUUUCAUAAGCUCAUGAUUAUUCCCUAACUACGUUCCUUAAGUAUUUGAUCUAUUUUUAAGCAACAUUUUCUAGUUUGAUCCAUCAGAAUCCAUAUUAGGUCAAUACCUUUAUUAGGUCAACAAAGAAUGUCAUAAAAUAGUGUGCAAACUUCUGAGUUCUGCACUCUUCAUCAGGCUAGAUGGUAUAUAAGUGGGGAGAAGAGGGAGGGGAAGAGAGAGAGAGAGAGAGAGAAGAGAGAGAGAGAUGGAAAAGCCAUCUGUGUUUGUGUUGGGAGGAGUCUUAAGGUGGAAGGCGGAAGAAGGAAGCAGGCGUUCAGCUGAGUGCCUGUGAGGCACUAUGCAAGUUUCAGGUUGUACCACAGUCUACUGUGGCUGAAUGUUUAUGUGCUGAGAAUGAACCUAGCCUCCCCAGAGCUCUUAUCCUCCUUUCCUGCCCCUCCCUCUGGUUCAGCUGUGAGGAGAUUUGAAGCAUUGACUUCCAGUUUCAAUUAACCACAGUUUAGUGCUCUGUCCAAAAUUGUGGUUAAUUUCAAGCAUGGUUUGUUUCGACUCUCCACCUUUGUAAAACUCAGUUUCAGACUGGCUUGUUUCAAAUGAAUCAUAAUUAAGAUUAGCCACACCUUGUGUGGAUUCACACAAAAUUGGAUUCAAGAAAUCGGGAGUGAAAGAUUCCCAACUCCUUUUGAAGGCCAUCAAGGGGCAAAGAGAAGAUAAGAUUGUGGAAGCAUAAUGCCUGGCAAUAUGAAAAGCUCCAUCUCAUAUUGCUCCAGGGCAAUAUGAAAAGCUCCAUCUAUGAUGCCUGAUGACCUGUGGUGGCUGGUGAAUUCUCCUUACCCACCAGAGUGGGAGGCAGCCAAACUUGAAGGUGGCCUCCAAAGAGAAUAUCACAAGCACCCACAAACCCGUGGUACUCUUUUCUUAAGCGUGGAUGGGUGAAGUGAGCUCUCAAAGAUCAUUUUUAAGCACUUGCAAAAGGUCAUCGUGAGCUACAUUCCAACACUGAUUGCUACCUUCAAGUGCCCGUAAGCUCAAUAUGAGGCCUUGGCUAGAUUGAUAACAGGACAUGGCUCCAAAUAAGUUGUGACCUAUAUUUAAUAGAGGAGAGUGGCUGAUAACUGGAUUAGCUGCCGGGGCAAAUGUAAAAGCUGUUAUUGAGGUUUGGGGCUGGUGUCUCCUCCUCUUCCAAUCUGUGAAGCUCUCUCUCAUGAAAGACAUUUAUUACAGAAGGUCAUAUCUCUCUAUCUCUCUCAGCCUCCCAUUACAAACUAGAGAAGGUGACCAGCUUCCUCUUUCCUGCUCUUUUGCCAGACUCCUAUGUUUAAUCUAUUCAUGUAAUGUCAGAGCCUGCAAGGGAAUUGGGGCCGUCAGUUAGUGCCAGCAAACCAGCUGGCAUCUAUACACAUCCCCCCAUCUCCAGCAGCUCACCCACAACCCAAACCCGUUUGUUCAGAAGAAAGUCCCAUUGAUUUCAAUGAGUUCUUUCACCUAAGUAAGUAUGCUAUAGACUGUAUCCAUUGAUAGGACAUGUCCUCUGGGGCCUUUGAGGAGCAUCAAUAAAGUAAGGUGCCAGUAAAUCAUAACAGGCAAUGUCAUCAGGAUUAAUUUUGGUAUUGACCAGCAAUAAAUUAAAUUUUCUCUUAAAAGUAAUAAUUCAACAGGCACCACCAGACUGCUGAGGCAUUCUUUGCUAGUCAUUUGCCAGUAUCCAGUCUAUAACAAACAGUGUUGAAUGAUCCCACAGCCAGAAAACUUUAUGGCUUAUAUAUUUGUGUGUUUAAGGUGGAUGAAAAUGAAAUGAUAAUGAAUAAGCUAACAUGAUUUUAUUUGUGCAUAUUUUAGUGCCCCCAUAAAGAAGAUAAAAUACAAUCAAGGCAGGCAAGUAAUAAGAAUACGGGGGAACUGGGAUUUGGGUACUAAGUUCAUGAUGGGCUGUAAAUUGUUUUUAACGUCUUAGGGGAUAAAACCGUAAAAUCUAUAGUAUGUGCGUGUUAAGCAGAUGUAUAUACAAUCACAAAGCACACACAAAACUGCCUAGUGCCUUAAGCCCUCUUCAAGCAUUCUGUAUUCACGUUAAGUAAACUUGUGAGGGUGGGUAGCAGGAAUGAGUGUGAUAGCUCUGCACCCACGGCUAUCCUGAUCACUCACCUGGAGAAUAAUCUCCUGAAGUGAGGAAUUGCCUCUACUUGUAGAGGUUCGCUGGAACCCUAUCAAAGUAAAAAUACAACAAGUGCAAGGAAACUUUUGCCUUCUGGACGUGACUGAACUACAGUUCCCAUCAUCCCUGCCUUUGGCCAUGCUUGUUGGGGCUAACAGGAGUUGUAGUUCAGCAACGUUUGGAGGACCAAAGCUUUCGCACUCAUAGAAAAUGGAUUUCCCAACCUCCUCUCUUCUGCAGCCCCAUGUGUCCUUCCAAAGCCACUCCUCAGGGUUGGGUGGGGGCUCUGAUUCUGAAACAGUAUGAAACAUGGCACAGGUUUGAGCAGGAAGCUAUCAAACCAGAGGAGGUGCCUUGCAGACGUGCGAGUGCCUUUGACUACCGUAAGCAACCUAUUGGAUAUAAGCCAUAAUGUUGAAGGUACGGAAACCAAGCGUUGCGAGUCAACUCACAGCAUCACAUCAGUUGGCCUGGAAACUGUCCUGUAUUGAUGCUUACUGCAUUCAUUCACAGUGGCUGACUAUGUGAAAGGGGACAAAUACACAAGGUGGUUUGAAAGCAGCCUGGAUCCUGCAUCCAUGUUGUGCAAAAGGCUGUGAGUCCCCUUUGCUGUCUUCACUGGGGUAGAGCAGGAAAUGGUGCAGCUUGAGAACUUGGCCAUGAAGCACAUUUCACGAAGGCAGCGUUCACACUUUCAAAUUGUUUAGAUGUCCCGACUUCAAAUCUCACUUUGCUCUUCUUCAUUUUAAAGACUGCAUGCUGCCUGUUAUCUGAUGCCUUCAAUGUCUGUGACAGGCAGAAGUGAAACGACGGCAGUAUUGUACUGAGUAUUGUACAAGUCUCUCUCUGGAAGGAGAUUCUAAAGUGCAUUUUAUAUAAUGCACCGGGGUGACUGUCUUUACUAUGUCUUUAUUAUAGUCACUCUAGGUAUGCAAGGCACUAAAUGGAGGGAGUAGAAUGGGGUUUUUGUAAUAGCAUUCCAAAGACACAAUAAAUCUGCCUGUUUGGAAUGUACUGUGGGGAGAACUGUUCAGCUUAGAGUUCAUUCUGGGUCUUGCCUUUUUCUUUUUUUAAAAAAACAGCAGCUUUUUGUUGCACCCUGGAUGUUUUAGCCAUUUAGACUCGGGUAGAAUUAGGACUACUUUUAAUAUAUAUAAAAAAUGCUGCUUUGAAAAUGCGGUGCAUAGUAGGUUGAGCAUCCCUCCUUCCACGAGUAAAGAAGCUAUGAAUUUAGUCAUUUAGUUUAGCCAUUUUAUUCACAAUCUGAGAUGUAGUAAUGUAUCUGUCAUAGAAAAACCCCAUUGAAGAAGAUUACAGUGGUUACCCAGACCUCAUUGAUGGUUGUGAAGGGGCCUAAAAAUGUAGGUCCACUUGCAGUUAAAUGCACAUUUUUAGAAACUUGCUUAGAACCUGUCCCUGUCUUCUUCUUUUUCUCCAGAAAAAGCGGCUGUGCAGGACUUAGAUUCAGAUCCGGGCUGAGGUGUGUGGAGAGAAGAGGGCAUUAGUAUCUACCUCUGGUUAUUAGGAGGGAUAAGUAGCAUUGCAGUGUGGAGUGUUCAUCUUCAGUAUGCCAGCCAGCCAGCCAGCCAUGCCCCCUUCAUAAUGCUCCAUUCUGACCCCCCACCCCAGCCACCCACUCCCAAAAACCAACCAGCGUUCCAUGGCCAAUGGGCACGUUCAUCCCUUGCUACAGAUGUUUUGCAGGACAUUGUCUCCUUAGCGGUUUUCAUAGAAUCAUAGCAUCUUACAGUUGGUAGAUGACCCCAUGGGUCAUCUAGUCCAACCACCUGCAGUGCAGGAAUCUCAUCUAAAGCAUCCAUGACAGAUAGCCACCCAACGUCAGUUUGAAAACCUCCAAGGAAGAAGAGUCCACCACCUCUUGUGGGAGUCAGUUCCACUGCUGAACAGCUCUACACUUCUGGAAACCCCUGAAGUUCCCCCAAGCAUGCUAAUACCCACGUCUUAUUUCAGCAUAGCCACAUUUUGGGUACAUAGCCAUCAUCAUAAUUCGUCACCCGAGUUUUCUAUUUGCAUAUAUGAUGGUAAGAUAGCAGGCCCAGCAAAUGCUCUUAAGAGGCAUGCUCUGCUUAACCUCGGUUUUCUAGAGGAGGCCUUUGAAUCUGAUGUGCAAGGUUGCUUCCAUCAUGAACAUAGAAAUCAUUUCUUCUCCAGCCACCUGAAAUUGUGCCCCUGGCAUAGUCCAACGUAGUAUGUACUGCCAGUGCAGGAUGUACUUACAGAGCUGCGAAUCCAGCACAAUGCAUGCUGCGCUGGUUUGCUUUCUGAGUGCUACUGCAAGGUAUCAAGAAGUCCCACUUACGAAGGCAUUCUGAAAUCCAGUUCUUGCAGUGCUUUGCCAUUGAUAAUCGCAUGUCCACUUCAUUUUGUGCUAACAAGUCAGUGUUGGUAACCAGGUUAGAGGCAACAACCACACGAAGCUGUGAAUGUUGGGAGAUAAAGGGCAGAGAAAAGAAUGCACUCAUUCACACAGCGCAUAGCCAAACUAUAGAAUUCGGUGCUACAAAAUGUAGCAAUGGCCACCAACUCAGAUGGUCUUAAAAGAUCUUGAGAUAAAUUCAGAGAGGAUUGUUGAAUAGUGAGUAAGAAGGAUGAAGACGCAGCUCUCAAAACAACCAGCUCUUUAUUCUAGCUCUGAGUCCCAGACUGAACAGUAGCUUAGCCAACUGGCUUAUAUAGUACUCAGUAACUUGCAACAGUAACAAACUUCCCCUAGCUACCCAAUCCGUGAACAGCACUCCCAAUCCUCCAUUUGCAUGUUGUGGACCUGAGUGAGAACUGCAGCCACGGUGGCCAGAAGGAGUACUGCAGUUAACUUAAUAUAUAACAAGGAUAAAGCUGCCAAUGGUUACUGGUCAUGAUGGCUGUGUUGUACCUCCAGCUGUUGUCCUCAGGUCCUGCUUGCAGGCUUCCCAUAGACAUCUGGUUGGCCACUGUGAGAAUAGGAAGCUGAACUAGGUGGGCCAUCGUUGGCUUGAUCCAGCAGGGGUUCUUCUUCUGUUCUUCUGGCUCGAUCCUCAUUCCCCUGUUACGGGAGCCCCAAAGGGACUUCAGUGGGUCUUGCCAUCAAAUCUUGCAGGCUCCUGUUGGAUAGCUCACUCGGUAGAGCACGAGACUCUUAAUCCCAGGGCCAUAGGUUUGAGCCCUACAUUGGGUGAAAGCUUCCUGCAUUACUGUGGGUUGGGCUAGGUGACCCCUUCCAGCUCUACAAUUCUAUUAUUCUAUGUCCCCAAAAUAUAAUAUAGGAUAACAAAUCUAUCCGGGAAAAAAACAAACCAGGUUUGUAUCCAAGUGGCAAUAUAGGAGGGGGAGGGCUGUUUUUUGACUAGAGAGGAUUAAAUAAUUUUUCAUUGCUGCCUGUCUGUGCAAUAAUGCCACGUAGUAAUUGCCUUAAAGGUAAAGGUAAAGGACUCCGACAGUUAAGUCCAGUUGCGAACGACUCAGGGGUUGCGGCGCUCAUCUCGCUUUACUGGCCGAAGGAGCUGACGUUUGUCCGCAGACAGUUUUUCCAGGUCAUGUGGCCAGCAUGACUGAGCCACUUCUGGCGAAACCAGAGCAGCACACUGAAAUGCUGUUUACCUUCCUGCUGGAAGAUUGAUUUAUCUACUUGCACUUUGACGUGCUUUCGAACUGCUAGGUUGGCAGGAGCAGGGAGCGAACAACGGGAGCUCACCCCGCUGCGGGGAUUCGAACCGCUGACCUUCCGAUCGGCAAGCCCUAGGCUCAGUGGUUUACACCACAGCGCCACCAAAUGAAUUCAAAUGUUCAUCCCAUGGUGGGUCCACCAUUUUCCGUGGUGGGUCUUGUUACAAAUCUCGGCUUGGUACAAAAUGGUGUGAACCAAAGUGAGGCUGCACCAGUUCACAGGAUAACAUCUGUCUGCUGAGUUGUUUGAAUUAAAGCCACACAUUUCCCUGAAGAAUCAUUCCCAAAACAAUGCUAAUGUAUCCCGUAUCCCCUACUACACCCUCAAGUUAAUAAGCAACCCAUGCUAGAGUUGAAAAAGGUGGCUUGUGUCACAGAAGCCAUAGUUUUGAUAUAGUGAAACUAGGAAAGCAAUAAAUUUCACAUGAUGUGGAAAGUGUGCAAUGAAAGAUUGAUUUUAUAACCUCCUAAAAUAUGGGUUUAGAGUCUGGGUAUCACACUAUAUAUAUAUAUAUAUAUAUAUAUAUAUAUAUAUAUAUAUAU